UCGUCUAAACCAAAUUCUCUGAAAAACAGGAAAGGAGUGUGAUCUGUCACGAAAUGGCUUAGAUUCUACCUGUUUUCUUUGCCGUCAGCUAACAGAACUUAAGUACCAAUACUGAUGAUCCUUUUGUUAUUACCAAGAAACCGAUUUGGCUGAUUUUUCCGCAAUAGAAUAUUUAUUUUAGGCCGAUCACAUAUACGCAACAUGGACCUGGUAGAUGUCUGCGAUGCUCCAUUUUCUGUGAGAGAUUCAGUGAAAAUUCCCGUAGAGCACAGUGAUUUGCCGAUAAAUCAAGUAGCAGACGAUAUUUGCGAGUUGUUUGAGGAGUUCCUGAGGCUAGAUGAGCCUCUACUUAAACAUUGGGACGACAGUUUGGGGCCGUCUUUGUUAACGGCUGCAGCUGACUCGCCGAUGCUUGGGUUCUCGCGAAGCCAUGCCAUAGAAAAUGAAGAAUCUUUUGAUGACGAUGAUAACGUCCCGGACUGUCAGGCAUUGGAACGUCCUUCACAAGCUUCCGCCCAAACAGCAGGGCCAGCCGAUGAGAGACCUGCCAUAAGGGUGACCAAUGAGAGAACCCACCAACUGGCGGCAGAGUUACAGAGAGCCGGGGACGCACUGUGUCAUCAGUAUGAAGGGAGAGUAAAGGAAGUGGAGUCAAAGUUGCUGCAACUUGUAACCCAAGAGGCCAAAGACUUAACGUAUGAUCGAUUUUGUCGCGCUGCUGAUGAUCUUGUUGGCAAGGACAAAAACUGGACAAACUUUGUCUUCAUCACGACAGUGGCCAAGCGACUAUGCCGGCACUCAAAAGAUGCCCUUCGCUAUGGCAAAAACCAUUUUGAGAGAUACGUCACCACAUUUACACCAACAAUCCAAGCAUCUGGUGGAGUGGAGAAAUUUGUAAAGCAAGACAAGAAUUAAGUAGGCUUUCAUGAUCUGUGAGUUUGAAAGAACACUUCAUUGCAAAAGUUCCAGGGAAUGUUUGUUCCUAACAUCUUCCUGAAGGGAGGGAGUAUGAAACUGAGUGUAGGGGGAGUAGACAUUUCACUUUUCAAAUAUGCAUACACCAAGUAAGCCUUAGUUGCAGAAUAUUGUAGAUUGUAAACCUCAGGUUUUUGAAAAUCAAAAAGAAAGUGCUAUCAGAGUUGGAGAAUAGUCUUCAUAUUUACUAAAAAUUGUGUUAUUUUUUACAAAAAGUGCUUCAAAACUGAAAGAAAAGUAUUUUGGAAUGCAUGUUAGUGAGUUGAAAUAGUGUGUAGUUCAGAACUACUGAACAAGUAAAUGACUGAAUUAAAGAAUAUGGUGCAACAA